AUGCCUACUCAAUUGGAAGAAUUAGUAUCUUUUCUGCACUCUCCACAACCUGCUGUCAGACAAAUAGCUUUGGAUAACCUGGUUGGUUUCAGUACUGGUACUAAUGCUGCUAUUUUUAAAUAUGACAACUAUAGAGCUAUUGAAGAUUUAAAAGAUUUAUCCAAGGAAAAAUCAAAACCUCUAGUUCAACAGUCAGUUACCAUUCUAGCUAAUUUAUGUGACGAUGUUGUCGCCAGAAGAUUAAUCAUAAAGGAUGAGAAGUAUUUGAAGUACUUGUCGUUGAAAAUUUGUGAUUUGAAUAACAGUAGUGCCGAUAUUAUGUGCAUAUUACUAAGCAAUCUAGCGAAGGAAGAUGGUAUCACAGCUGUUUUGAACUUUGUUACAGGUAAAGAUGAUGAUGAACUUCCAACUUUGGAUGCUUCAACUUUCAAAAGUCAAUACGUCAUGGACUGUCUAAUAGACUGUUUUGUCAAGGGCUACGAUAGAAAAUUGAAUAAAUUCGCUACUUUUGACUAUUUAGCUUAUUUCUUUGCUGAUAUCUCAAGAUUUAGAAAGGGUAGGGAAUAUUUCAUUACCGCCCAAGAAUAUGAUAAUGUCGUUCCAAUCUCCAAAUUAUUAGUUUUCACUGAAAAAUAUGAUUCUAAAACUAGAAGAGAAGGUGUCGCUUCCACUAUCAAAAAUUCUUUGUUUGAUUCAGAAAGUCAUGAAAAAAUUUUAAACGAUGAGGAUAUCAAUUUAUUACCAUAUAUUUUAUUACCAAUCACCAAUGCCAAGGAUUCUGAAAUUGAUGAAGAAGAUAUGUUUAAUUUACCUGAUGAAUUGCAAUUACUGCCAGAAGAUAAAGUAAGAGAUCCAGUCCCAGAAAUUAUCUGCGUUCACUUGGAAAGUAUAUUAUUAUUAUGCACCACUUCUGCCGGUAGAGAAUACAUGAGAAGUAAAUCUGUCUAUCCAUUAGUCAGAGAAUUGCAUAAAAAUAUUGAUAAUGAAGAAAUCGAUGAAUUGUGUAACAGAAUUGUCAACAUGUUGAUGAGAGGUGAACCAGCCCAAAAUAGUAACAUUGAAGAAAUGCCAGUUAAGAAUGCUGAAGAUUCUGCCGAUGCUAUUCUUGAAACGGUAAAAUGGAUCUAG